AUGACGGACACAGGGAAUAUAGAUGAUGCCGAAGUAGCACGACAAGAAGCAUUUGAUAAUAAGGUUAUGGAAGCGGCAGAAAAGGUUAUACAUGCUAACCUUCCCAAGUUAGCUCAAGAAGUCGAAAGUCGUGUCCUAGGGGUAGUAGAUGCAAUGAUGACUAGUAAGAUUGAGGAAUUAAAGGAGAUGAUUGAAGGAUCUAGAAGUAAAAGCAAGGAACGAAGUCAGUGUGAUAAGGAAGAUCAAGUGAUGUUCGCUAUUGGUCAGCUCACCUUCCAAGUGAAGGAUUGGUGGGAUGCUUAUAGUAAGGAAGUUGGUGAAGACAAGCUACAAGUGAUGACUUGGCAAGAAUUCAAGGAACCUUUUAUGAGAUAUCACUGUCCUCAGUCAGCCAUUGAUAAGAUUCAUGUGGAUUUCUUAUGCCUCCGACAGAAAAACGAGACGAUAAACGAAAUAACAAACACCUUCUUGGAUAAGAUGAAGUUCUGCGGAGAUUUUGUGAAGACGGAAAGAAUGAAGAUCAAUCGUUUUUAUGGUAUACUAAAGGCAGAAUUUAGGGAGUUCAUCACUCCCUCAAAAUGUGAAACCCUUGAUAAGCUUAUUAAUUGGGCUCGGGAUAGAGAACUUGAGAUUAAAAGACAGGAGGAACGUGGGGAAAAGAGGUCGACAGAAAAAGGGACAAAUGCAAGUCCUUCUAAAAAGGCGAGGUUCCAAGAUCAGGGAAGGAAGGAUAAGCCGAAGGGUGGUAUUACUCCUUGCAAGACAUGUGGGAAACUUUAUACUGGGGAAUGCCUUUUAGGAAAGAAGGGGUGCUACAAAUGUGGUGAUGAAGGACACCAGUAUUAUAAAUGCCCUAACAAUCCGAAGACUUGUUUCAACUGCUUUCAAAAGGGGCAUGUUAAGUCGGAGUGUCCUAAACUUUAG